AUGCUUUGUGUUCUUUCUUUCCUUCUUUCUUUCUCUUUAUUUCUAUUUAAUAUCUUUUUCUUACUUUCUUUCUUUCUUUCUCUCUUUCUUUCUUUCUAUUUCUUGCUGACAGCAAUUUUUCUUUCUUUCAUUCUUUCUUUCUUUCUUUCUUUCUUUCUUUCCAUGCUUUAUUAUCUUUUUCUUUCUUUCUUUCUUUCUUUUUUUUUCUCUCUUUCUUUCUAUUUCUUUCUGACAGCACUUUUCCUUUCUUUCUUUCUUUCUUUCUUUCUUCCUUUCUUUUUCUUUCUUUCUUUCUUUCUUUCUUUCUCUCUUUCUUUCUAUUUCUUUCUGACAGCACUUUUCCUUUCUUUCUUUCUUUCUUUCUUUCUUCCUUUCUUUUUCUUUAUUUCUUUCUUUCUUUCUUUCUUUCUUUCUUUCCAUUCUUUAUGUUCUUUCUUUCCUUCUUUCUCUUUAUUUCUUUCUAGUAUCUUUUUCUUUCUUUCUUUCUUUCUUUCUUUCUUUCUCUCUUUCUUUCUAUUUCUUUCUGACAGCACUUUUCCUUUCUUUCUUUCUUUCUUUCUUUCUUUCUUCCUUUCUUUUUCUUUAUUUCUUUCUUUCCAUGCUUUAUUAUCUUUUUCUUUCUUUCUUUCUUUCUUUCUUUCUUUCUUUCUCUCUUUCUUUCUAUUUCUUUCUGACAGCACUUUUCCUUUCUUUCUUUCUUUCUUUCUUUCUUUCUUUUUCUUUCUUUAUUUCUUUCUUUCUUUCUUUCUUUCUUUCUAUCUCUUUAUUUCUUUCUAA